GGUUGUCGUGUAAACGUCUAUGGAAUAACUUCAUUGCCAUUCCGGAUUUUGUUAGAAUCCUGAAGUAUUAAACUAGAGUUUAAGCUGGAAUGGAAGACCAGGAGAGUACAAACGAAAUUGAUAUAAAGUGUAAUGUAACAGUCGACGGCGAAUACACCGACAUCGAAUGUCUUAUUAGCGAGGAUAAGGUGGAUGUUGAGCUAUACGGAGCGUUCGAUAUUGAUGAUCAUGCUGAUAAUGUUUUGAGGAGGUUUAUAGAAACAUACAGAAGUUUUGAGGAGUUGUGGAAUACAAAACAUCCGGAUUAUCAAAACAAAAGAAAAAAGUUGCAGGCGAUAGAUGCAUUAAUGUUUAUCUAUAGAGAGAUUAAACCAGGAGCAACUCAUCAGGCGGUUCGAAAGAAAAUUAAUACCCUCAGAUCGAACUACUGGAAAACAUGGAACAAGGUUCAGGAAUCCAGAAGGAAGGCAACGGUAGAUUCAGAUGUUCUCCAACCGUUAUCUUGGGUGUAUCAUGAAAUGAAGUUCCUAGGGGAUGAAUUGGAAUAUAUGGAUAAAAUGCGUAGAAAAAUGAUAGUGCAAAACAGGAAGCGCAGUAAUAAAUCGGGAAAGGAACAACCAGCGAACCCUGCACGAUAUUCAAUAGGUUUGCAGGCGGACCUAUCGCCGCUCCCAAGCAAGCACUAUGCAGUGAACGGAAAUACACCUCCUGUUGUAGCCUUUUGGGCCGAAAAAUAUGCCUUAUUAGAUUCUCAACAAAAACUGUUCGCCGAAAAGGCAAUCAACGACUUACUCUUCGAAGCAAGUUUGGGUAAUCUCCAAAAGGAUUCCGUUAAAAUAAAUCAAGAUCUACGGGAUGACGAUCAUGAUCAAUAUUACUUGCACUAUAGUACUGAAGAUGAAAAAAAAAUAGUCCGCGGAAAAACAACGACUGCUAUUAUUAAAACAUUGAAUUAGGUUACAUUUCAACAAAAUGAUGAGCCAUGUCUCUCCGCCCUCGUUAGUUGUACAUUUUAAGCCCCAUUAUUGUCAUAUCGAAAUAAAUUGGGUAUCUGUUUUCAAAGAACAAAGUAUAAAUUA